UGCUUGUUGGUUGGAUCCCAAGUGUCACUUCUCUCCUCAAAUCGCCAGCGUCCAAAGUGAGGGUGUCGUCGGGCGGGAGGGGCGAGGCGGGGCUUUCUCUUCUUCGCUUAGGUUGGGUCCGGUCCGGUCCGGUCUGGUCAGUUCAACAUAGUUGCAGAGAGAGAGAGAGAGAGCGAGAGAGCGAGAGAGGCCUUUGUUUGUUGAGGUGCUAAGGUGUGGAUCUGCUUGAAAGCCGUCUUCUGUUUGCCGCUAUUUCCUCCCUAUCGCGAUUUCUCAAAGCCUCUUAUUCUGGCAUCAUUCUCUUUAGGUUUAGGUUUCAAGGUUUCGGAAGUGUGUGUUGUGUAUUUGUGCGUAAUCAACAUGGCAACAAAGCGUAUCCUCAAGGAACUCAAGGAUUUGCAGAAGGAUCCUCCUACUUCAUGCAGUGCUGGACCUGUGGCUGAAGACAUGUUCCAUUGGCAAGCAACUAUUAUGGGGCCUCCUGACAGCCCAUAUGCUGGAGGUGUUUUUUUAGUUACUAUUCAUUUCCCUCCUGAUUAUCCUUUUAAGCCCCCAAAGGUUGCAUUUAAGACUAAGGUCUUCCAUCCAAACAUCAAUAGCAAUGGAAGUAUUUGCCUUGAUAUCCUUAAGGAGCAGUGGAGCCCUGCCCUUACCAUCUCUAAGGUUCUUCUCUCAAUCUGCUCCUUGCUGACUGACCCAAAUCCUGAUGAUCCCCUUGUACCGGAGAUCGCUCACAUGUACAAGACCGAUCGAACCAAGUAUGAGACCACUGCCCGCAGCUGGACACAGAAAUAUGCCAUGGGAUGACAGUCGAGUAUCCCCUCCAAAUAGGCUGAAUCGUGCCAACGGAAAAAGAGCAACAUAGUCUGUUAUUUUUCUUUGUCUAAAGCUUGCAUGUUGCGGAUGGAUGGAUAGAAUUGAAAGUUACUCUAGGUUUGGAUGUGGUUUGGAUCUAUUUUACUAGAAUUGAUCUAAAUAUGGUGAUGGAUGGUACUUAUGUUUUUAGACGUUCGUCAAGAUUUAAGACAACCAAAAAAGAAAGAAAAACAAAGUUUUACGGAUUUGUAA